AUGUCUUCCUCACAAGCCUCUCCUCCUUCCUCUGAUGUGAUGAAUUUGAAUGAAUCAAAGAGGAUGACAAUGACGACGGCAUUGGUAGAAGCCUCUCCUCCAAAACAACCAGCACAACAGCAACAAUUGGACAAUACAAAAUCAUUUCUUGUUCAAUCCUCUCCGAUUGUUUCUUUCAUUUCGGGAGCAGUUUAUGGAUGUACUUCCGUAGCAGUAGGUCAGCCUUUGGAUACCAUAAAAACCAUCAUGCAAUCAUCGGCAACCAUCAAUCAACAAAAUGCAACCACGUUUGGAGUGAUUAAAUCAAUUUAUAACAAGUAUGGUUUUUGGGGAUUUUAUAGAGGUUCUCUUCCUCCGUUAGUGACUGCAUCAAUUUUGAGAAGUUUACAAUUUGGUGGUUAUGCUCUUGCACUGCAAUUUAUUAUGGACAAUCAUGUCAUGUCAAAGAAUGAUUUUCGAAAAGAAAAUUUGAACGUUUUAGAGGAAAAACGUUUUGUUCUUCAUCCUGAAAUGUUUGUAGCUGGAUGUUUUGGAGGAGCUGCACGAGCUGUGGUCGAAACGCCAGUAGAGUAUCUCAAAGUGAGACGACAGACUGAUCAACCAUGGAAAUUAUUAGAGGUAUAUCGUGGAUUUACAGCAACAUUAUUGAGAAAUAUGUUCUUGUUAGGAACAUUCUUUGUGUUUGUUGAUUUUUUCACACAAGAAUAUAGAAAUUUACAAGUGAGACAACAAUUAGCAUCGCUAUCUUCUGAUGAAGAACGAGAACAAGCAAAAGGUUCACAUUUUGAAUUUAAAAAGUUGUCCCCUUUUUUCACUGGUGGCGUUUGUGCAACGUUGGCAUGGUGGCUGGUCUUCCCGUUGGAUGUCGUUAAAAGUCAAAUUCAAUCCAUGAAACCAGAUGAACAAUUAGGAGUUUUCCAAAGAUUAUCCAUUGUUGGAAAGACACUUGGAGUGAGGGGUUUAUUUAGAGGAAUAAUACCCGCAUCAAUGAGAAGCAGUUUGGCCAAUGGUGUCUCAAUGAUUGCAUUUGCCUAUGUUUCUUCCUAUCUCAAUCAAUGGGACAAAAAGUAA